AUGAUUAAGAUCCAGCCAACACUUGUAGAAAACUUCACGAACAAGGAAGUCUACGUUUUCCUCAGUUACCAACGUCUACCUGGCCCACUCGCUCACGAUCACGACUCCAUGUUCCAUAUAAGAAACCUUCAAGGCACAAAUUUUCUUAGUGUGCCAGAGGAUCAUCUCGUAAAUAAAACGGGUCUGUUCUAUGUUGGUAUUGGAAUAGUGGAUACUAACGGGAAAGACUGCGUGCGUACCUCAUUCCUUACACGAGAAUUUUUACCAUACAUACAUCCUGCAGGAAUCCGGUUUGAAGUUUCCGCUCGAGCGCUAACAAAAGGUUGUUAUCACUACGAUAACUCCACCGAUCAUUUUGAAAACACAGCGAAUGUGGUAAGUAUAGGAUAAGA